UGCAAAUAUUUUUGUCAUUAGUCAUUAUUGAGAUUGCUGUGUUUUUUACCACUCCCAUUGAACACAGAUCACGUCAGAUAAGGCCCUAUUGGUCUUUGAACUUCAGCUGUUGAGACAUCACUCGCCGGUGAACAUAGUCCUGACAGACGAUUGCAAGUUUGGUGCUGAAGUGUGGAAAAGGGUGAUAGUAAUCACUGAAGAUAAAUCAUGUCCGUCCACGAGCCAAAAGACAAAAACAAUGGCGUGUGGCUGAUCUUUUUCAUGCUGGGCUUAGGAACUCUCCUGCCAUGGAACUUCUUUAUGACAGCCACCAUGUAUUUUAGCAGCCGUCUCAGAGACCCCUCCCAAAUGGGCACCGACCUGUCAGGCAAUGGGACCGGGGGAGAAGGGGACAACCGUAGCCUUUUGGAGGCCAAGUUCAAUAACGUAAUGACACUUUGUGCCAUGGUGCCUUUACUGGCCUUCACCUGUCUCAACUCAGUCCUGCAUCAAAGGAUUCCUCAGAAGUUUCGGAUCAUGGGCAGCCUGGCAGUGAUUUUGGUGGUGUUUCUUCUGACAGCCAUUUUGGUUAAAAUAGAGAUGGCACCCCUCCCCUUUUUCACGUUGACCAUGAUCAAGAUUGUCAUCAUAAACUGUGAGUUUUUCCGGCCUUUCUAGUGUCCCUUUUUUGCCUCCUUCCUCCCUCUUUUUAACGUGUCAAAUCUUUUCCCCUUCAAUCCUCUGAGUUGUCCUGAAAGUAGAACUAGACCUCAGCACCCUCAAUGUCGUAUGUCUUUAUUUAAGACUUUACAUUUUGGUCAUUAGCAGACGCUCUUAUCCAGGGUGACUUACAGUUAGUGCAUUCAACUAAGGUAGAUAGAACAGACACAUAUCACAGUCAUUGCAAAUAAUAACAUUCCUCAAUAAAGCAUCGAUUAGUAAAAUCAGUGCUAGUAAGAUAAGACAAGUGUUAGUGCAAGAAUGACAAGUACAACAGUAAGGUAUUCGAUGUUGGGGGGAAUUCACAACGCAGGAGGUUGGUGGCACUUUGAUUGGGGAAAAUGGGCUCGUGGUAAUGGCUGGAGUGGAAUAGG